GCUGCACUUGACUCAUCCACGCCAUUGCAUUGCAUGUACCCGUUCCCAUUUCUGUGCAGGCUGUCUUGAUCAUCGCCCGCUUGCCUCUCUGACUCUUUCGCUUUUGCGUCCACACCUCCCUCGACUGCAUAUAUACAACCCACCUCGUCCGGCGCUUGUCUCAGCCAGGCCAUCAUCCGCGCCAUAAAUACGCUCAAUUCCCAACACCUGCCCACUACCCCUAGCACGCCGGGAACACUCUUCUCUUUUUUCAAACUGACAUCUUCCUUUGGUGCCACAUGCGCGCGAGCCGUCCCUCCGACCUUGAAUCCAGCUACAUCCAACUUGGUUACCCAUUUCCUACCCUGAUCAACUCGGACAAGUUGGCCUGACAACACUUCCCAACACCCGACUGGACAUCGUCAGCCAAGGGCCGCCAGCCUUUGGGUCAACGUCGCUUGUACAUCCCUCGGUCAUCCUAAGUCACUUGUAUCUGGCACUCCACCCUUGUUGUCACCAUGUGCCGGAUCGAAGAAGGCCAUACCUACUACUGCGACAAAGCGCGCAGUGGGAAAACAUGCCGGGACGUACGGAGAGUGCCCCCUUCCUACACACAUACGAGAGGCUCAGCAUCACGCGAUGAUACACCCUCUCCCGUAAAUCCUCCUACACCUACGGGUACCGGUACCUAUCUUACCCAACGCCGUCGUCCAUCCAACAGUGGCAGCCGCCCUUCUACUCGAGAUGGCCAGCGCAUCAACCCAGAGAUCAUCAUCGAGUUCGGUUCCAAGAAAGGAAAGGGAGGCAAAUACUCCUCCGUCUCCUUUUCGACAAAAAAUCAGAAACACCCGUCACUAGGCUCCCUCGGGUCUAAUGACGCAGCAGUGGACUUUGCAGACUCAGAGGCUUCGUACACCCUACGCACUGGCUUCCCCGAAGCCCCUCUACCUCCUCCGGCCGCCUAUGACCAGCCCAAUACCUUCCUUCCUACUCCUCCUAUGCCACACGGAUACUACAGCCCGUACACCCCAUCGGCAUCUUCGAGCCAAACCCCUUCGCUGACCAUACCAUCGGAAGCAGACUUUGAUCUGCCCGCUACUCGUCGAGCUACCCGUCCGUCUGCUACUAUAAUCCACAACCCUACCGUUGGUCCUUCAUCACCAACAAAGCCGCAGCAGGCACCAUCCUCAGGCUCCUACAAGGUCAAGAGGAUCGCACCAAGGGACCUUCCCCACGACGACCCAGCCCCCAGCAGCCUGCAUCCGCUUGAUUACGAUCAGUACGCCGACUAUCCCAACCCCUCUCGUGCAACUUCUGGUGUAGCCGAAACCACGCGACCCACCAAGAAUACCAGUGAACGAAGAAAGAAGCUGAGCGAAGAUCUUAGCUACCAAGACGAUGCCGACCGAAAGAGGACUGAUGAUGCUGCAAAGGCUGAGAACGACAAGCACGUUCGCUUCGAACUUGGCCGCUACGAAGCUCGCGCCAAAGAGCGAAGCGAGAGAGCACUGGCUGAAAAGGAAAAGGAUCGUGCCACCGCCAGGGAAGCAGAACGCCAGCGCAAAAAGGCCGAGCGUCUGGAGCAGGAGAGGAAGGAGCUCGAGGAACAGAGAGCAAAAGAGCGCAAGAAGGAAAGAUCGAAGCCUCCAGCCACUGAGCACACAAAGCGACCAUCCAAUUCUCGAAGGCUGUCUUCACUGAUGACACCUGAAGAGCAAGCAGAACAACGACGCCUUCUAGAAGCAGACAGUCUUUUCAUGCAGGGUGAGAAGCAGGCUGCAGAAGCUCGUGAGCGGGAAGAACGCAGAGCCGCUGCUCGACAACAACAGGAGGCAUCAACGUACUAUGAUCCUCGGGGCGGCGACCGGUCUCUAUCAAACAACAAUAACGCUAGCACGACGCAACGUAGUACCAUGCCACGUCACGAUAGCUUUGCCUCUACUACACGUCCCUCUGGCCUCAGCCGCACCUCCAGUAAGCGGCGACCAAGCAUCUCACAACCAAGCCCGCCUCCUGCCAACACUCAAUCAUCUGCGGACUACUCUGUUCGGUCACCAAGCACACGUACACGCGCGCCACCGCCACUUUCUUUUCCAAAGAACUUCAAUCAAGAUCACACGCGUCCUUCAUCAUCUCGACGUGCAUCCAUCACACAAGACAACCCCUUUUCACCAACCUCGGUAACGUCUCCAACACAUGAUCCUUGGGAUGUGCGCAAUGGAGACAGUGCGCCCCCGCCCACUCGGCCUUCGGAGAGUAGCAGGUAUCAGAUUACACAGCCUCGCGAUGACCCAAUCGUCCACAGCCCUACUCGUUCCGUCCGACGCACCACCGAUUACGUAAGCGUGUUUGAUGGGGAUGACGAUGGUGUAGAAGAAUACCCGCCCGUGUAUGCUUCGCGCCUAGGAUUAAGCAGAAGUGGAUCGAGGAGGAAGCAUUGAGUUUUGUCACUUUUGUUUGUAUAGACUUUUCCUUACCAUUUUUUUUGUCGUCGUUGUUCUUUUAGGCGUUUGCGUAUUCCCUUGGCUUUUCCAUCAGUCUUGUCUAUGAUACCCUGUCGUUCGAUAUGUAUAUGUAGCGUACCACGCAAAAUUUCAACAUUCU